AUGGUAACAAAAGGAGCAGCGAUGUCGUUCUCUCAGUUUGGAUACCCUUACAAUACCACUUCACAGUUCUUCGUGUCAGCGAGUCCCAGCACGGCGUGUUGCGAACCAGGCUCCAGACCUGUAUCCGAAGGCUCCGCUGGCCCGGCCCAGACUGCCAUUUGCUGUCCCAACUACGAUAACAGACUGCUGGCCAACGCCAGGACCGAGAUCAACGCAGCUGCCGCGGCGCUGGGCAUGUACAGCAGUCCUGCUUAUGCAACCGCAGCUAGCCAGAGCUAUGGGAACUACCUUACAUACAGUACAGAUCCUUCAGCUUUCUACUCUUCACUGAAUUCUCAGUACGAAAUUAAAGAUAGCACUGGGAGCUUGCACUCGGGAAUUGCUCCGACAGCUACUUACUAUCCGUAUGAACACUCCUUGGGACACUACCAAUACGACAGAUGCGGCACCAUGGACUUCAGCGGCACCACACGGCGCAAGAAUGCGACCCGAGAAACUACCAGCACCCUGAAGACUUGGCUAUACGAACACAGGAAGAACCCUUACCCCACCAAAGGCGAGAAGAUCAUGCUGGCCAUCAUCACGAAAAUGACGCUGACCCAAGUGUCCACCUGGUUUGCGAACGCCAGGAGGAGGUUGAAGAAGGAAAAUAAAAUGACCUGGUCACCCAGAAACAAAGGAGGGGAUGACAAGAAAGAGGAGAGUGCCAGAAGGGACAGAGAGGAACAUGGAACGGACAGCAUGGAAAACGAUGAGAAAGAAUACAGAGAAAGCAAAGAGUUGAGACUGAGCGAUCUGGAAGAUGAUGAGUCAGAAAAACUAGAAAGUGACCAUGAAAAGGCACCAAGUGAAAUCAGAUCGAGGAGAGGCUUGAUCGAAACUGAAGGAAAUGACUGCAAUGUAUCUCCUUCAAACAACCUGCACACUUCCUGUUCCAAAAACUGUUCUACCCCCGAGUCCGACUUUCUAGAUACGAUAACGAAUAAGCCAUCUGUUUCUGUCGCAAGCAACAGCCUCCCGCAGCGCUUCGGGACAGCGGAGAAGCCGAGGAUUUGGUCCCUGGCGCACACGGCAGCCUCCAAUUGUCUGGUGGGUUGUCAGAACGGCCAGAGCCGGAUUGCGAGGUACUGCGCGGAGGUGAGGCCGUCCCAGGGCAUGGUGAACCAAGUCGAUGAUAUAAUUUCCCUCGGAGACUCUUCACAAGCCGCCCGCAUUCUGAGAACUUCUACAUUCAACUUACAAACGCUUGUAGCGGCUGGUCAGUUGCACUGCGCUUCCUACCCUGCGCUAGACAACUGCCAGUAUACAUCAGGGACUGAAGGAUUUUUAAGAAAUGUGAAAUCUGAUUUGGGGGCAGCAGAUAUUACGGAAACGUGUCUACUGCGCCAGGAGGAGAGAGUGAGAGCGGCCUUCAGACCUGUGCUGAAGAGGUGA